AUACAAACUCCUUCUCUCUCCCGUUUCGAGCGCUGUUUGGGAUGACUUUUAAACUAGUCCGGUGUUGUUUUUUAUUGGAUAAGAGUAAGGGGAUAGGGGGGCCUUUUAUCCGGCAGAGUGUCCGUGUCGUGUUUUGUCUGUUAGUUUGAGAGACAGAACUGUCUAAUUGACAAGGACAAAUCUAUGUUUAAUUGCAUUUUACAAGGCAGCAGCAACUCGCUGCUCUGCCGUGCCUCUAUCAGCUGGUUUGUUGUUGCUUGUUAUUCCGCUGUCCGUUCGAGUGUGCAUAUGACUACUGCAGUCUACCGAAUGUGAUGCGGCGCGUAUCAGUAGUGCGCAGCCGGAUUUGAUAGCCGGCAUUAUGCGUGUACAUACGCGUUAUGAAUUUGUAUGAGUGCGUUUGUAUGCGGUUUUGAAGCCCCGACCAGUCUAGUCUGCUCGGUAUCUCUUUCCGAGCGCAGCACACCGCGUUACCAUUUGCACACACCAGCAUCUGUCGUGUGCCAUGCCACUGCAGUGAAAGUGAACGAGAUAAAUUUGCCCUACUGAACUUAAUCAACUUGCGGAUCUUCUCAAAAACAACACACGCUGCAGAAUCUUUAGUCUGGACAAUCGCGGGGUAGCUUAAGAUCAAUUUUCUUUGUUUGCCAAUACUGAUCAGCGGCCGUCGGGAAUGGUUACGUCAUCGUUGGCGGAUUGAUGGCCAGUGUGCUGGGAACCGGUUCGCCAUCGCUGCUUGCUUCUGCUACCGCUGCCCCUGCUUACCGCCACACACACGCCGCUACCUUACCAUUAUCCACCUUAACGACUACCACGCCUUCUGCUAAACGGAAGCUGAGCUUCAAAAUGGUAGAAGAAGACACAUCGGCCGCCGACAAUGACCCCGAGCAGGCCGGCAGCCAGGAGGCGUCCACCGCGCCGGAGAUGUCGGGCCGCGUGACCAUCUCGGCCACCGACGAGCACUCCCAGUCGCAGUCGCUGGGCAUGCACCAGCACCUCUCCUCCUCCGGCCGCCACUCCCCACACAUUCCGCCGCCACUUAAUAUCCCGGCGCCUAUUAAUUCGCUUGCCAGCACCGAGCGCUCGUCAAGGCCGCAAAGCCCUUCGCCUCUCGACUGGGCGGAAGCCGGGAAAGUGUACACCCAGGCGUACCUUCCGCCGGAUCAUGAGCCCACCUACAUGCUGGCACCGCACCAGCCCCACCCUACCAAAGUCCCGGACUACCACCGACCCGAGGGCCAGGGUGUAAAGAUCCGCAUUCCUACACGGCGCCGCGGCAUGGACAUCCUGCGGGACGCCUGCAUCACACAGUCCCGCGAGAACGUAGCUUACAGCAGCCCCUCGGGCCGACGAUCGCCGCACAUGAACAACGAGGAGCCUAUCGCCCUCUCCACCUACCCGGACGCUCGGCCCACCCCGGCGACGGAGCCGCCCAAGAUUGAGCGCGAUGAUUUCCCGGCACCGCCUUACGUGUACGCCGAUCCGGAUCGGCGGCGGCGCAUUAGUGAGGGCUCCUCCAGGACCAGUAAGAGCGACACGGGGGAGGAGGACGUGGAUGAGAAUAUUCUGCUGGAUCCGGGAAAGACGGCGGAACUGGUUAAAGAGGAGGGGCGGAUCCGGAAGGAGGCGGAGGAGCUCAAGAAGAUCUCCUCGGGGAUCGGGCGUGUCUUUCUGCAUAAUAUUGAGGAGCGGUCGCGCAUCAAGCACGAACGGUUUCGACGGGGCCUGGAUCCGCGCAAUGCGUCGCGAACAGCGAGUGCUAACCGGGAGCCGCAGCAACCGCCGCGUUAUGGUUCGCCGGCAUUCGCUUCGCCGUCACGCCUGGAUGACAGACCGCGACCGUGGGAGGAAUGGGACUUCACGCCGCCGCCGCAGAUGAAGUGGCGCUCAGCGUCGUCGGGUGCCAGCACGCUGCCCAGCUACAGCAUUCCGCGUCCGGGCUACGGGCUCUCCACGGCGACGACGCCGAAAUCAUCAACGUUACCGCAGGUUGGCCGGAUGAGUCCUGGCAUACCGGAGCUAAUCUUCGAUAACGGCACAUUCAUCAGCGAUGAUAUGCAUAAAUCACAGAGCGGCGAAUUUGCCAGCACAACGUUGCCGGAUUACAUUUUUGACCGGCACCGCGGUGCCGCCGAUAUGAUGCUGGUGCGCAGUAAGAUCGUCGAGCCCUACUUCCAGGCGGAUUUCUUGGAGCCGCUGGAUAAAGUCGUACCGGUUGUUAGGAAGGACCGUACUAUUUAUCCGGUCCAUAAGUUGCUGGUAACGAACCGACGUCUUCCGGACGAUGUGGAUCGCGGUCAUUUAGAGUUGCACCUGGCGACGGAAGAUUUUUUGAACAUUUUCCGCAUGUCGCACGAGGAAUUCUACCGGCUUCCCGAGUGGAAGCGCAACGAGCUGAAAAAGCGCGUUAAAUUAUUUUGACAAUGCACACCGCUUGCCGCUAUACGAUGAUGAUCGCUUGUCUAACCAACGGUUGGAGGACCGAAACAGAGUGGGCACAAUAUCCUGGACUGGACGAAUGAAGCUGACACGCGAACGUACUAGAUGGCAAAAAAUUUUAUCAGUUUUCUUUUGUGUUGAGGUCUUUUUUGUUUUUGUAAUUUGAUUUACGCAACUGCGGCUUUUUUUGCUGCGCGUGGUUUCUGUGCAGAAUGGACGUUUGAUUGACAGUCUGACCUGGCUACAGAUGGUGAUAAUUUUUUUGUUUCGA